GGAUUCUCUGGUGUCACUUGUGCUAAGUGUAUAUGAUCUCCAUAGGUUGCGAUUGACGAGUAUGUCUGACAAUGCUUGGAACCCCGGCUCCUGGAGAAGCAAACACGCAGCUCAGGACGUUGUUUACCAUGACCGCGAGAAGCUUGACAAAGUGCUCGCUAAAAUCCGGACGUUGCCACCUCUAGUGUCACCUUCUGAGAUUGAAAGACUUAGGACCCAGCUUGCUCAGGUGCAGCAUAACCGGGCUUUCCUCCUGCACGCUGGCGAUUGUGCAGAAAGCUUCGAUGCUUGCACACAUGAAAACAUUUCAAACAAAAUCGGUCUCAUCCUUUCGUUCUCGCUCAUCGUGAUUUGGGGGGCACGCAUGCCCGUCGUGCGUAUUGGCAGAAUUGCGGGUCAGUACGCCAAGCCAAGGAGUAGCCCCACUGAGAAGGUAGGCGACCGCGUAGUCACGAGUUUCCGAGGAGACAACGUGAAUGGUCUCGACCCCGAUGACCGGACUCCAGAUCCUAACCGGAUGCUCAGCGCUUACUUCCAUUCGACCGCAACACUCAACCAUGUCCGGAGUUUACUUACAUCAGGCUUUGCGUCUCUGCACCAUCCGGAGGAUUGGUCGCUCACCCACGUGCGUUCUCCUGCAUUACGUGAAGAGUUCGGGCGCAUCACGGAGGGUCUCUCCGAUGCCUUGGAAUUCACACGGACGAUUGGUCUGGGCAAGGACAGCGUCAGCUACGAACAGGGCGGCGGGCGUGGCGCCCUGGGAGAAGUCGAUUUUUACACUAGCCAUGAAGGUCUCAUGCUAGAUUUCGAAGAGGCGAUGACGCGCGAGUUCGCUAUACCUUCUUCUCUUGCCUCUUACACCUCCGAUGGCACCAGGACGCCACCGCCAAGGGUUCACUAUAACACAUCGGCACACUUCCUGUGGGUGGGUGACCGUACAAGGCAACUCGACGGCGCGCACAUAGAGUACUUCCGUGGCAUCCGGAACCCGAUUGGUGUCAAGAUCGGCCCAAGUAUGGACGCCGACGAGCUCGUCCGAUUGUUGGAAAUUGUCAAUCCGAACCGUGAGGACGGCAAGGUGACGCUCAUCACCCGCUACGGCGCUGGGAAGGUCGAGGCAUGCCUCCCGGGCCACAUCAAGGCUGUCCAAGUGUCCGGUCACCCUGUCAUCUGGAUUUCUGACCCGAUGCACGGCAACACUUUGACGUCCUCAACCGGGCUGAAGACUAGGAACUUCGGCACGAUCAUCAGCGAGCUGACGUCUGCCAUCCGCAUUCACUCUGAGUGCGGAUCGCGCUUGGGUGGCGUCAGCCUCGAGUUCACGGGAGAACUCGCAGACGACGGGUUCAGCGUCACGGAGUGUCUGGGUGGCAGCAUGAAGCUGAGCGAAGACCAGCUCCCGCUGAGGUACCAGUCGUUCUGCGAUCCGAGAUUGAACUUCGAGCAGUCGCUUGACGUUGCGUUCCUCAUCUCGGACCACUUCAAGAAAGAGAGGACUGGUGCAAAGACGUCCUACGGCGAUGUCUUGUACUCAGAGCUCGGAGGGCGCAAGCUGGCGUAAUACUGACUGAGAAGAGGUCACGCAAGAAGCACUUGUGCCAACAUGUUGUCCUGUUGUAGUUGUAGGACUGUGUGUAUCAAAGUGUCCGGGUU